AUGUAUGAAUUAUACUAUAACAAGGAUCAUAGGUACCUCUCAUGGGCAGAAUUGUCAAUUGUCACCUCGGGCAAACUUUCAGAGACGAAGAUGGAUCAAUUUGACGUAGUGGUCAUCGGCCUCGGUGUCCUCGGCAGCGCAGCAUCCUACCACACCGCUCUUAAAGGCGCCAAAGUUCUCGGCCUAGAACAAUUCGAACUAGGACAUGUCCAUGGCGCGUCACACGAUACAUCACGUAUUGUGCGAACCUCAAAUCCCGCUCCUGAGUAUGUGGCCCUCGCAAAAUCCGCGUAUAAGGACUGGGCAGUAUUGGAAAAGGCCACCGAUCAGAAAUUGUUAAGUAUCACCGGAGGAGUUGUUUUCUUCCCUAAAGAUGACAAACUCCCAACAAUGAGGGUGGGUGACUUUACGAAGAGCCUGGACACGAACAAUGUUCCGUAUGAACUUCUCGAUGCACAAGAGGUGAAGAGAAGAUGGCCGCAGUUUGAUAUUGAAGAUAGUGUGGAGGCAGUUUAUACGGCCGAUACGGGGAUUGCACAUGCGAAUAAGACGGUUUCUGCGAUGCAGCAUCUUGCUCGAUUACACGGUGCCAUUCUCAAAGAAAAUACCCGAGUCGAGCGUGUAGUGCCUCAGCCCUCCGGGGGAGUCGAGAUUGAUACGUCUAAAGGGAAGUUCCAUGCACGCAAGGUGAUUCUCACUACGGACGCAUGGACAAAUAAACUCCUUGAUCCCCUUGGAGUUCAUAUUCCUCUUUCCGUGAUGCAAGAGCAAGUGACAUACUUCAAGCCAACAAACCCCUCAGCCUUCAAAUCUGACGAUUUCCCUGUGUGGAUCUGGGGCGGCGAGACCGGUUUCUACGGAUUCCCUUGUUACGGUGAACCGACUAUCAAGGCGGCUCGCGAUACAUCGAAAAAUUUCAUGACGCCCGAAGAGAGGACAUACGUGCCCUCACCACAGUUGCUUCAGCAGCUGACUUCGUUCAUGGAUAAGACUAUGCCUGAUAAGGGACGCCAAGCACUAAGGACCAUUACUUGUCAAUACUCAAUCACGCCGGAUCGACAAUUUAUCAUUAGUCCGCUAGAGAAGCAUAAGGAUGUUAUUGUUGGACUAGGUGCUGCCCAUGCUUUCAAAUUCGCGCCGGCUUUUGGGAGGGUCCUUGCUGAAUUGGCUGUUGAUGGGAGGACUGGGGAGGAUAUUUCCAAGUUUGGAAUUCCAAAGAGUGCUAGUAAUACUAGCAAGUUGUGA